AUGCAAUCCAUUAUUGACCCCCAGCCUUCUAACACAAAAUAUCAACUGAAUAUGAGGUAAUUAAUUAAUUAAAAAAUCAGCUCAAAUCAAGACAAAUAGAUUAAAACUUCUUAAAUUUGUGAUUCUAUGCACAAUAUUUGCAAAAUUUACGGUUUGAUCUGGUUAAGUAAUUCACAAAUUUUCAAGCAAGUUAGAUCUAAUAAGAAGUCAAGAGGAGAGGAGCAGCAUUUAAAAUAAAUUUUGACUCGUAAUUUAUAAUAUAGAAAUUGAGAUAAAGGUAUAAUGUACUUUUUUUUAGAAAGAAGUCUUUUUAAGCAAUUAUCUAAAGAUUCAAACAUAUUCAACAAAAAUAAGUCUACAAAAUCAACAGAAAAUAUUAAGUCAAAAAAAGUAAUUGCCAAAAUAAAAAGGGAUAACUUGAGAUCCAAUUCAUGAACACAGCUCAAUAUCAUAAAAAGUUUAAGAAGUUGAAAACUAAAUGUGUUCCUUUAUUUGGUUCGGAAAAAACAAUGAUGAACAUGAUGAGAUGA